AUGGCAUUGACCGUGACAGCUCCACUGGCGCCCUGUCUGUACACCGAGGCCUGCCUGAACAUCGAGCCUACUUACGCCAACUCGACCCUACACAUUCCUACCGAAGGCCCAUCCUCGUUCUUUUCGCGCAAACGUCCAAGGGCCGAUGACAUCCUAGCCGACGCCGAUGAAGAUGCAUACGCGAAACGUCACCUGGCCACCGAGUCCUCCAUCUUCUUCCGUCGCCAGAACAGGAACCCGCGAUGCUUCCUCUGGCGCGUGCUCGAGGAGGGCAAGCUGCUACACAUUCAGAGUGUCGACCUGAUCCAAGCCCGCAGAAACACCCAAGAAAGCGUCAUCACCUUCGCUCUGAGCUUCAGCAACCCCAUCAGGGCCAAUGGAGUCGCCUUCGCCGAUGCUGUCGAGCGCGACGCCCUCGAAGUCUUCGUCCUGACCACCAGCAACGAACUCUUUACCUUCACCCUGCGCAAAGACCUCCUCCUUCGUGGCUCGCUGCCCUCGCCUGCCGAGUUCGAUCCCACCAGCUGUUUCAAGGUCUACCAGUCGCCUUCUUUCAGCUUCCGAGUACCUUACAAGCUCGUCGCUCUUAGUUCGAUGGACUUGCUCGUUUCCCUCGGCGAUGGUGGCCUGUUGCGCCUCACAAGAAACGUCGGACAGGGCCAAGGAUCGUGGCAUGAGACUUCAUUCAGCGAACCUGGCUGGGGAUCAUCCUUCAAGACCUUCUUCUCUAUGAGAAGUAAUCCCAUAAAAAUAAACGGCCUGGACCUCGAGCCCUCAACCGCCGCUGCUAUUGCCUUAUCCCCGGAUACAGCUCAUGUUUUUACCGUGUGCCUGAACCAUACUCUGAAAGCAUGGAAUACACAAACCGGAAAGCUGGGUGUCCAGACCGACCUUCUCAAUGAGAACAAUAGGGAUUUGCAAUCUGCCUCAUCCCAAUUUGUGAUGAACACUGCUCCAGGAACUCUUCUCAAGCUUCUUCAAGUCGACGGUAGUCCCGACGGCGACAUGUACUACGCUGUCACGAACUCUCCAAAAGAUCACCAGUUCAAGUUCUGGGCAAUCAUGGAUGCUGAUGAUAUCGAGUUUGGCAUCCGUGACGUUCAACCAGACACUCAACUCAUCCCUCCUCUUGACGAGCUGAUGAACACAAACGCCUGGCAACUUGUUGAGUACCACGUUCGUCCAUCUAAAGGCUGGCGCAACACUCAACUGUGGAUCCGUGUCAGAUCUGGUACUGUCUGCAAGAUCUUCACUUUAACCUUCGAUCUGCUUUGUGGACCUGAGGAUCUCGAAGAUGCAUGGCGCAACAACUGGGCCUUUGUCGACGAUGGUUCUCUGACCAUUGAGGCUCUAAUGGAAGACCCCUCAUUUCCAGGCGAUGCUGAUAUUCAGCUCAGGGUAGAAGAUUGUUCCAGUCUCAGCGAUCAAUGGCUGGACUUCUUCUUUUAUCCCGGCAGGUUCAGCGUGUCUAUGCUUGAAAGCGCUUUGCACAUCUACAAGAAAGGCUUGAAACUCUCAACUGAUUCAUCUCGAUCGAUCAAGGAGAUUCCACUCAAGGGGAGAAUCUGCGAUGCGAUUGCCGCCAAAAUCAGUGUCGAUCAAGAUUCUGAGGGUCACUUAGAUUUCGACAGGUACCAGUCCGAGAUCGCUGCGCAAUGGCACGUCUUCUUUGGUCUAGUUCGACACCUUCACACUAGACGUGGUGAAUCUCUCUCUUUGGCAUUCGACAUGGAAACAGACCUUGCUUGGUCAAUCAGAGCAGAUCAAGUCGGCCCCGUCAGGCAAUGUUCCGAAGUUGAAGUCAUGAAUCUCAACAGGGAUGUUUUCCUUACUCAAGAAGACUCCUUCAUCGUCAACUCCAUGCCCCUUGCUGACCAUCUGACCGACGAGACUAGCGUGCACAUUGGCCGUCUUCUUGCUGGUGCGAGAACUUUCAGAAGAGGACUUUCUUCAGAAUUUCAGACUGUCUUUGAAACGGCGAGUGCCGAAGAUGCUCUCAAGAUUGGCGCCAACGACACGACACCAAAUGGGACCCAGGAUAAACACCUCGGAGACUUGCGGCAGCUCUACGAACUCUGUGCCCUCCACACUGAAGUUUCGGAUGAGGAUUUCAACCAACUAACAGAGUCGAUGCAAGAACUUGGUGGACUUGGUGACUUGGACAAUGAGCUGUUUUACGCUGCUGUCGAACGCCUCGCUGAGCCCGAACAAGGUGGUGAAGGAGACCAAGCACUUACCCGCUACGGCGACAAGGCAACGAUACGCGGCGCUCAGGACACGCUUACCUUGACAAGAGAUAUCAUUCUUGACCUCCUCGCUUUGGUAGUCUUUAUGGCUGGUGAUCUCGAGGAGGAGGAACUUUCGCCUAGUUUCAGGCCUUCGGAGUUGUACGAGCAGCUGGUUGUGAAGCUCAAGGAACACAAUGUUCUGUUGUGGCUUGCUAGCAAUGUGCGAGAGGAACCAACGAAGAAGGCUAAGGAUGCCCUCGACAGCCCCGUCUCCAAAUCUAACAAAUCACAGUACCAUCCCACUCUGACGGUGCUUGAAAGCAUCUUCAUCGGGGACUGGCAUAGCUUGCGAUUCCCAGCUUCGGAAACUCUACCGUUCCUCAUCACUUACUGGUGCCGUGCAUGGACAUAUGGAGCUAACAUUUCCAAUGCCUACAAUGGUGUUGUCUGGCAUGUCUUGGGCAACCUCUUGAAGCAUCAGGACUACGAUCUGGCCAUGGACUUCCUCAAAUUCGUACCUGAAGGAUCCUGGGCUUCCUAUCUUCGAGGAAGACUGAACCUCGCAAUCGGAGAAUAUGCUCUGGCCGCCGAGUAUUUCAGACAAGCAGCCGAGAAACUCGCUUCCGGAGAGAGGGAUCAAAGGAUCGAUGAACUGGAUACGUCAAGCUUGAUCGAUCCUCAGGCGCGCAACUUUUUCAACGAUGGACUCCCUCGUUACUAUCUGCACAUUUCGUACCUAUUCGAGCGCAGCCGGCUGUAUUCUUACACGGCUGACUUCGCCUCGCUUGCUGCUCAGGAGUUUGCAGUGAACUUUGAGAACUUUGACGACAACUCGUUGAUCGACCUAGACACACGCAAGCAGGGAAUGCACGGUAGCCCUGCGGCCACAAAGGUCAACUUGGCGAUGGAGGAAAUCAAGCUGUUGCGGGUGCGCGAGCUGAAGGAAGACAUUCUGAUGCGCGUGUUCAACGCCUCGUUGCAGAUCUGCCGCUACAGGCCUGCCUUGGACGCUCUGCUUGUCUUUGGAAAUCCUGCGCUACGCAAAACUUCACUUCAAGCUUUGCUACAGUCGCUUAUCGCCACAAACAGGAUGAACACACUUCUUUCGCUUCCGUUCCCUGAAUAUCUUCUUCCCGAGGUUGACGAUAUUCUGCUGUCAUUAGCACGCAAGCAUCUGUCCAUCUCUCCAACACCGACACCUGGUCAGCCUCAGUACCACCAAGUCAUGUACACAUGGCGCAUCCACAACAACGACUUCCGUGGAGCUGCUGAGAUAUUGUUCGAGCGUCUGCAACGCCUAAGACACAGCACGGCCAAAGUGUUUGAACCAGAUGAUGAGACUUUGGUCGAGGCAUACUUGGUUCUCAUCAACACACUCGCAUGCUGCGGCAAGGACGAGGGGUGGAUUCUUGCAGAGAAGGUCGAAGAGGACAAGAAGCGCAAGAUCGUUACGCUUGAAGAUGUGCGCAAGGAGUACCAGGCAGAGCUGGACCGCAGAAGCGAGAUGCAGCAAGGCAGAUUCGCAUUGACUGCGGGAGAUGAGAUGGACAUGUUCUAA